AUGGAAGAGUUAAUAGUUGAGCUGCGCCUGUUUCUUGAACUUCUGGACCAUGAAUAUCUAACUUCCACUGUCAGGGAGAAGAAGGCAGUAAUAACUAACAUUCUCCUGAGAAUACAGUCAUCAAAAGGUUUUGAAAUAAAAGAACAUGUACAGAAGCAAGAAGUUGCCAACAGUUUGCCGGCGCCUCCUCAAAUGCCUCUGCCAGAAAUACCUCAGCAGUGGCUGCCACCAGAUAAUGGGCCUCCACCAUUACCGACCUCUUCCCUUCCUGAAGGCUAUUACGAAGAGGCAGUGCCGCUUAGUCCUGGGAAGGCUCCCGAAUAUAUCACUUCCAAUUAUGACUCAGAUGCUAUGAGCAGCUCUUAUGAAUCCUACGAUGAAGAGGAGGAGGAUGGAAAGGGGAAGAAAAUGAGACAUCAGUGGCCUUCCGAGGAGGCCUCUAUGGAUCUGGUGAAGGAUGCCAAAAUCUGUGCCUUCCUCCUUAGAAAGAAACGAUUUGGGCAAUGGACAAAACUACUGUGUGUUAUCAAAGAAAACAAACUCCUG